UCUUCUUUUUUUUUUCUUUUUUCUUCUUCUUCUUUUUUUUUUUUUCCUUCAUUUCAAGUCUCAUGGUUGAUGUCACUUGUCAUUCUUUUGAUACUUGUCCUUUACGAUCUUCUUCUUUAUUGAUCGUUCACCAUGAUCAACAAGUCAUUGUCACUGCAUCGGACGAGGUAUUUGACAUGCUUGGGUAUCAAGCCAGUCAACUUGUCAAUAAACCAUUGUCCUUACUUUCCUUAUCUACUAUCAACAAUGAAAAACGACAACAUUAUACCAAGACACGUCACGCCACCACCAAACAAUGGGUCAAGCUUACUAUGUGUGUUCAUCAUGAUCCUUUUUCCAUGUCUUCAGGACUUGAUUAUUGUCUUUUGGCACCGACAGAAACACUUUACAAUAAUAAUAAUAAUAUUAAUAAUAAUGAUCUACUUACUUCUGUCAGUUUGGUUGGAUUAAAUUCUUAUGGAACCAUUGUACAUGCUUAUCCAGCGACUCAAUUUCCUCAAACAUCAUCUCUUCAACUCGUGGGUCGACCAAUCAUGUCUUUUAUUCAUACCGAUGAUGUACGGCCUUUAUGCAGACUAUUACGAAAAAGCACCACCAGUACGAACAAUGGUAGAGUGGAUGAAUCAGUGGAAGAACAUACUAUGGAGAUCCGAUGGUUACAGGAUGCAACAAAUGAACGCUUUGAAUGGAUGAAAAUCACCAUUGUGAACCCAACCAUGUAUAAUCAGCUAUCAACAUUGAAUGGACAACCGAUUUGUUUACUUCGACCUACAACAACAUCGCAUUAUACAAUGUGGCAUGAUAUAUGGUAUUCUUUGGAAAAUGGACGGAUUUAUUGUAUGGAAUUUGCUCAACAUCUCUUGGCUUGUCUGGUGACACUGGUAAAGGAUAUUGUAUCUACCUACUAUACAUCAUCAUCACCAUCAUUAUCAUUAUCAUCAAAAGAAUCUGGUCAAUCUCCUCUUUCUCAUAUCAAGGUCAAUGAUGGUGUCUCUAUUCAUUUGAUCCCUUUAGUUACUCGUCUCAACACCAAUAGUGAUAGUCUUUAUUAUUUGAUCUCUUCUUUCCUUAAUUUGCCCAUUUCCUUCUUUCCUGAUAGAGCUCUUUUAGACUUAUUGAAACCCAUUCUUCCACAAUCAAAAUCUCCUUCAUCUCCUUGAUCAUUUUUCUAUUUAUG